UUACCCGUGUAUUUUCCGGAACCGCAGUAAGUCCAUUACAGAGCUCUACUAUUAAACAUAUCUUUAAUGUCUUUUUUACGAGUAAAUAAUUGAAUUAGAGAGUUCUGUAAUUGCAUUUUUAUUAGUAAAAAUAAAAUUAGAGUGCUCUCUAAUAGGAAUUGUUAGUUGUAAAAAUUUAAUUAGAGAGCUCUCUAAUUGUAAUUCUUACGAGUAAAAAUUUAGUUGUAGGGCACUGUAAUUAAGAAUUAAUGGAAGUCAAUGGAAACACGACUAGUAAAAAUGUAUUUGUUUAGCUCUCUAAUUAGAAUUGUUACUAGUAAGAAUUUAAUUAUAGAGCUCUGUAAAUGACAUUGUUACUAGUAAAAAUGCAAUAACGACGAGUAACGCUGGGAAUAUUUUAAGAUAAAACGGCUUGCCAUAGACUCGCUUAUUUAAUACAUUUCUUAAGAAUAUAUCCAAGGGGCGUGGCUUUGCCGCAGAUAUAGUUGAUAAGAUGAGGCGUAUUUCUUCUCCAUGGAGUGUUUUAUGCCGUAGAAAUGGUCCUGCGCUGCCAACAAUAUCUUGUAGAAGCGACUCACGUAUUUAUUUAAGGGGUGCAAUUUGUCCGGUGUGUUUGGAGGGGACGGGAUCUUAGGAAAUAGGUCGUGCAUGGGAACAGCAAGACCGUUAUAACCGCUUCUGCACAAUUAUAUCUACACCGGAUACCGGGGAAUGAGCCACACGCGAGCAACGAACUGGAUACCGUCUACACGAGGAGCUUUCAGCAUAAAUAUAUGAUGUGUUUCAUCUGACUAGAUCCUUUGCUUUCAUUGCAUCGACAUUCUUUAUCUAUGGCCGUUCUGUCAUCAUGAUAUCGGGUGUGUAAAGGGGCGCGCGCGUGAGCCGCAUCCGCGCUAGGUGCAUCUCAACAUGGCAGCAACGAAUAGAAAUGGAAGGAUAUCAAGCAGGAACACCUGUGGCUAUCCAGGGGACAUUUUAUCAGGGUCAGAUGGCCUGUCUUGAAUAAGAAACGUGCAAAUAUGGAGAGCUCCUGUUCAAGGAUGGUCCUGAAGAGCUUGUGGCGACUGCUUGGAUAUUGCAUGCUUUUACUCGCCGCUGCAAUGUUGGUGGGAUUCAUGGCGAUGUCUUUCAAACCCGUUGCAGUGGAGCUCCCAUCCAACAUGUCCAGAAGGAGCCUCAAUCAACUUCCAACAAGAACACGAUCACCUCCUGCCUUAUCUUCAUCGUCAUCAUCUUCCUCAUCUCCUCAUCGCUCUGAAAGAACCAGGCGUCCAGCUCUUACUCCUCCAGGUGCCAAACAGCCCUCAUCCCCUGGUCACCAUGACAGUGCCUCCAGCAUAGAUCCCACCCCGUCCCUUGGAUCCGAAGGGUCGGGUAACGUAGGUGAUGGGGCCCAGGGCAUCCACCUGCUGUUAAGGCCCCCAGACCUUCUAACGCCAAGCCAGAUGCCUCCCCUCCAUGUUGACAGACCGCCGACACCAGCCCCCCCGACCCUGGUAACCACUGAAGACCUGUAUCCCAUCCACUCCGCUGAGAUGGACUGGGGCUCCGGAGACUACCUUGAAACUCUUACUUUCAUGGGAUCAGAAGGGGAGGAGUUUUCUCUCGUCACCACCCUUCCUACGCAUGGAUAUGAUCUGUAUGAUACGGACGAUGAGGCCACGGUCAGCUACAACACAGCUUUCCCCUCUCGUCCCAUUCUGCCCCUCUCAUCCAGAGACCUCCAGCCCAGCGUGACUGUAAAAUAUGGGACUAACUUAAGGACGGCCCAUCCUUCUGAUCCCCGCCUCCCAUUAGCUCCUGACUCCGCCCAUGAGAACGAUAUGGACGAUGAUUUGGAUUUCGAUUGGGCUGAGCUUUUUCCCAUUGAGCCGACUGAAAUGCUGCUUCCAGAUAUGAACAGUUUGGAAUACUACAACACAUUGCAAGCCAAAGAGAAUGCUAGUAUUGCGAGGAAUAGGACACACCCUCAUAUUACCCCAACACACACUUUGGGACCCACUCAAACUCCCACUGCAACAGUCCCAGACGAAAUCAAACGGAUGACUCCUCAACCUAUUCCACCCCAAAAACCUACGAAGCCUCCAAUCUCUUCAACCACUCAGACCCAACAACCUCCUGAAGGCCCAGAUAAGGGUGUUCCUUCCAUACCCACAUCCCAUGUGGGCAAAACCCGACCAUCAGUGCCAACCUCCCUGCCUCCACCCGGCACCUCAGAGGGUCCAGUAAUACAAGCUGUCACGCUGAAGCCCCCUGCUACAAAACCCCGUAUGACCACCAUCAAAACUACCAUCAGAACUACAACUACAACUAAAUCCACGACUACCAAGAGCCCACCGCCUACAACCCCCAGAAUUCCUCAGUCCAUCACACCCCGACAGUACAUCUGCAAUAUCACCAAACCGGACAUGUACCUUGUCAGAGUGGGCAUGCCUAGUGGGUCAUCGGUGGCGUUUGCCAAAGCUCAUGUGCGGGAGAUUCUUCGCCGAGAGUUCAACCGUUCAGUGGAGCUCCAGGUCCUCAAAGCCCCGCCCAAUUUCAUCUUCCGGGCCGUUUCCGGUCCACUGGUGUACACUGCUAUCUCAGUCAUUAAUGCUGUCCGCCAAUCAGUGCACAGCACUUCCUCUUCUUUCAUACUGUCCGUCACAACCAUAUAUGCAGUGCCUGAUUACAAACAUCAGGUCCACACAGUGCUGCAGUUUGUACCGAGUCAUGUGGAUGUGCGUCUGUGUAGCUUCAGCGAGCGUGUGGAGAAGGGGCUACUCAUGGCGUAUGCGGAAGUACGCAAGCGUAUGCAAGAAAAUGGAAAUUUCACAGUUCAUAUUGUGAAUAUCACUAGCAGCCUUCCUAAGGGUCAGCGGCAGCAGAAGGUACCGGUGGACAUCACUUUUGCCGUGCGUGAUUCCCAAGGCUUCCUAACGGGAUCGGAUGUGAGUGGUCACAUGAGGCAGCUCAGCGCUGUGGAGUUCAGCUUCUACCUUGGUUUUCCUACCCUGCAGAUCGCUGAACCUUUUCAUUAUCCUGAACUGAAUGUGUCCCACCUGUUACACACAUCCUGGGUGAAAACAGUGUUACUGGGUGUGUUGGACCAGCGUGUGAAUGAGAGGACCUUCCAGGCAAAAAUGGAGAGGCGAUUAGCAUUGCUGGUUGGAGAGGGACUUGGGAUCGGGGUUAGCAGUCGACGAUGGAGAAGAGCUACUAGUAUUGGCAACAACAGUGUUCAGAUUGUGCGAGUGUCCCGUCUGGAUGGCCCGGACUACCCGCUGGAGCUGGUGUAUUUUGUGGAAGCGGGGUCAGGAGAGAGGCUGCCAGCCCAGGCCACUGCAGCCAUGCUCAACAGGCUGAACCUGCAGAGAGCCGCCAUCGUACUGGGCUACAGAGUACAUGGAGUUCUGGCCACACCUGUGGAGAAGCUGGCCCUGGCGCCCUCUGAGACUCAGCCCAGUAACGUGUGGCUGAUCGUUGGAGUUGUGGUCCCAGUUCUUGUGGUCAUCCUCAUCAUCAUCAUCCUCUACUGGAAACUGUGCCGCUCUGAGAAGCUGGAGUUUCAACCAGACGCCAUGAGCACCAUCCAGCAGAGACAGAAGCUGCAGCCUCCCAGUGUUAAAGGCUUUGAUUUUGCUAAGCUACACCUGGGGCAGCAUAGUAAGGAUGACAUCAUGGUAAUCCAAGAACCCGCCCCUUUACCACUGCCUGUUAAAGAGGCCACGCCCUCAGAGGGCGGAGAAUUGAACACUCCAAAAUCGAAGAGCUCAUCUACAAAAGCAUCCCGCGCAGCACGGAGAAGAGGCCGAUUGUCUCCAUCUGAUGGAGAUUCUUUAGGAAGUGAAGCAUCCAGUGGUAGAGAAUCAGCAGAAGAAAGCACCAAACCUGCUGUGACGCCAAUUGACAGCAAACCCCAACAUCGCAAGAGCAAGCAUGCAAAAAACAAACUUGGUGCUCAACCUGGAAGUGGUGUAGAUGAGCAGUUGUCCUCGUCGUCCAUAUUUGAGCAUGUGGACCGUCUGUCUCGAGGUUCAUCAGAUGGAACGCGCAGAGUGUCCAAUAAGAUCCAGCUGAUCGCCAUGCAGCCCAUGCCAAGCCCUCCCUCACAUCCACAUAACCAAGCCCUGAGUCCAAACCUGACAGACAAGAUGUCUGAUGGAGCAAUGGUCAAUAGUGAGAUUCAAGUGGCCUUGAGGCAUAAAUCUGAGAUCGAACACCAUCGCAAUAAGAUUCGCCUGCGUGCCAAGAGAAAGGGCCACUACGAGUUCCCCUCCAUGGAGGACAUCAUGGCAGCGUUCGCCGACAGCUCCGAACAACAGCGAGUGUAUCAGCAAGCCCAGGAACAGAUACACAAGAUCCUGCAUUCUGACGAACACACACCUUCAUCGUGCGGAGAGCCACGCAAAAGUUCCAAAGGAAGACGCUCUCCCAGACACAGACAAAGACAGAAUAUGAGUGGAAGCGGAAGUCUGAGAGACAAAGAUCGUCUCAUUACUGACGGAGAUGCCACGUACAGGAAGUACCCCGGGGUCAACAAUGUGGCCUAUGUGUCCGAUGCAGAUCAGCUCCCAGAUGCAGACAGCCCUUCUCCUACUGAUGAGGUGUUUUUAGACCCUGGAUCACCACCGUCAGGCCCCGCCCCUGCUCCGCCCGCCUACGUCGCCCCUCAGCCAACCAUCGAAGAAGCCCGGCAACAGAUGCACUCCUUAUUGGAUGAUGCGUUUGCUCUCGUCUCACCUUCUUCUCAAGGAAGCUCCGCUCCUCUAACAUUCACUGGCGUUACGGCAGUCACUGGCGUCGGAGGAAUCAGCCCCGGUCCACCCUCCAGUCCUUCCUUACGUCCUGCACGCCAGUGGGGCUCCUCUUCUUACCCAGCAGCCCCUGCACACAGUCCUUUCUCUGCGAGAUAUGCUGAGUUAGGAAUGUCUCCCACAUCGGUCCAAGGUUUACUGCAAAGGCAGGCGCAGGGCUCUGGGUAUGUGGUGUCAGCAGAGAUGCAGUCAGAUCCUGGAUACUCCAGCAGGGGGCAGUAUGGAGAAGAGAUGCCAUCGUCUUCUCGGCCCCGACCAGUAGGGGGCAGCACAGGUGCACAGUUGCAUCAGCUGACACAAGUGGGCUUGUCAAGUCGGAUUGGAUUAUAUCCUGGAGUUGGCCGUAGUGUAUCUGGACCUUCAGGAUCAAGCUGGGCCCAGUACCGCUCAGAUGAGGAGAUUUCCAGACCAGGAUCCAACCGAGAGGCUAUACUGACAUUCCCAGAAUACUCUUCAUCGCCAGUAUUUCAGAUGCCCAGGACAUCCCUGCAGGAUCCCACAACACCCCAGGGUCACAUGGAAACCUCGAGCGUGGGGUACAUUGCCCCUGAGGACCGUUCUCCACCCCCCCAGUCCUCGGCCUCUCUCAUCAAGGCCAUCAGGGAAGAACUCCAGAGACUUUCUCAGAAACAGUCUGCUGUUAUCAGCUACCAGAGUUGAGAAAGACCAUCCCGAAACCCCAGUCCUGGUUAAAAAAUCCCAACACAGCUCCGUGGUUGAGAAGCUGCUUCACACAAAAUCCAAACCAAAAUAUUCAAAUUCAAGUACGGCUGGUCUGUUACAUAUGAAGAAUUCCUCGCAUUAUCUUCCAAACUUGUAUUGCCAGGACAUCCGCAAUUUAAAUUGCGCUGCUGACAUGCAGCAAACAAACUUAAAUACUCUCUCCUAUAAUUCACAAAAGAAUAAAACUCACACUAAACAUCAUAUCCAGACUGUUUAGAAAAAUAGACAGUUUCCCCAGACUCUUUCCUUCAGACUCUCAAUUUGCAUGCUGAGAGCUGUGAACAUUCAAGACUUCGUACUGACUGUUGCUAAUGUGAAAAUCCCUCCCCUUCAGUUCCAUGUCUCUCAAAGUGCUUCCUCCAAAUGGGUCAUCUUCAUGUCUCCGGACUUCCUCUGGUGCUAAACAUAAUUUCUGGUCUCCGCCACAAUAUCACAAUUCAGCCCUGUCUAAAAACUCUGAAGUGGAGUCCUUCUCUUUUGUUGUUCAGUGUUCUCCCAUUUAUCCACUGUGGCUUAUCAAGAGAAAACAUGCUCUGUUCCAGCACCUAGAUGCGAAAUCAGGAUAGCUUGAUUUCUUAUUUAUUAUUUAUUAUAACUUAAUUAUGUUCCCUCAUAAAAUAAGUUUUAGCUAAAUUCUAAGGCAGCAUUGCAUGUAGUGUUCACAGAGAAGUCAAACCCAUAAUACAUUCCAACAAGCAUGGUGGACAAACAAGAGAGAUAUAAUUUAUUAAGUUAUACUUCAUUCAGUAACAUUCA